AUGCCGGACCGCCAUGCCAAAGACGCGCGCUUGGAAUCAGAAGUAAGAGAUUUGAAUCUGAAAGAAGAGGAUGCGGAAAUGGACACGGACAACGACGCACCCCAUGUCGCAGAUGAGGCUCUCGCGCCUAGCAGCGGCGUAGCCACGUCCACGGCUUUGAAGCGAUCCUCCCGCUCACCAGUCAAGAUGCAGAACAUUGCCAACUCGCCGGCCGUCAAGUCGGACGAGCAGGAGAUCAUCGGCGGCGAUGUCACGUUGAAGCUGGAGCCUGGCAAGCCGCCCAAGCUGUCGCGCUCGGUGUCGCACAAAGUCGAGAAGCGGCAACCACAACUAUUUCUGGAGUACGAGGACAAAACUGCAGAGGCGACAUCUACCUUUGACCUAUUACCAGUGUGUAGCUAUGCCAACAAAUGGCUGGGCACCACCGAGCAUGCGCUCGAGUGCGACUGUUCCGAGGAGUGGGAUGCAUCCUCUCAAUCAAAUCAUGCCUGCGGCGAGGACUCCGACUGCAUCAACCGCGCCACCAAGAUGGAGUGCGUUGGCGACUGCAAUUGUGGCACAGCUUGUCAGAACAUGCGGUUUCAGCGCAAGCAAUAUGCCAAUGUCACCGUCAUCAAGACUGAGAAGAAGGGCUAUGGCCUUCGAACACAGACUGACCUUCGGGCCAAUGACUUUAUCUUUGAGUAUCUUGGGGAAGUCAUUGGGGAGAAUGUCUUCCGCCGCCGCAUGCAACUGUACGACGAGGAAGGCAUCAAACAUUUUUACUUCAUGUCCCUCACCAAGGGAGAAUUCGUUGAUGCCACGAAGAAGGGAAAUCUUGGUCGUUUCUGCAAUCAUUCCUGCAAUCCCAACUGCUACGUGGAUAAGUGGGUUGUGGGCGACAGACUCCGCAUGGGCAUAUUUGCGGAACGUGACAUUCAAGCUGGCGAAGAGUUGGUCUUCAACUACAACGUUGAUCGUUAUGGUGCCGAGCCACAAYCGUGCUACUGUGCGGAGCCCAACUGCACUGGCUUCAUUGGUGGCAAGACUCAGACCGAACGCGCAACGAAGCUGUCCAACGCCGUCAUCGAGGCUCUUGGUAUCGAUGAUGCCGACGCUUGGGACACCGCUGUCGCUAAGCGGCCGCGCAAGAAGAAGAACAUUGGUGACGAUGACGAAGAAUACGUUAACAACGUCGAGCCUAGGGGGCUCGACGAGGAAGGCGUCAACAAAGUCAUGUCGUCACUAAUGCAAUGCAAAGAGAAAUGGAUUGCUGUCAAGCUGCUGACCCGUAUUCAACGUGCUGACGACGAGAAGGUUCGAAACAGAGUGGUCAGGUUUCAUGGAUAUCGCAUAUUGAAGACGGCACUUUCGAACUUCAGCGAAGAUGUGAACGUGGCGUUGCAGAUUUUGGAUGUUCUGGACAACAUGCCACGACUCACUCGCAACAAGAUUCAGGACUCAAAAAUUGAGGAGGCAGUUGGGGCGCUUGUCUCCAACAAGGAUGAGAGGGUCUCUUCGCGUGCAAAGGCUCUACUCGAUGGCUGGGCGAAGCUUGAGAUCGGAUACCGGAUACCACGGGUAAAACGCGACCCAAAUGCCGUUGCGCACGACAGGAAGAUGGAACGUGUGGAUAGGCGCGAAUCGGACAGACGUCGCAGCAAGUCAAGGUCGCGGUCAAAGUCCCCCGACCGCAUACAGGCGCCGACCGGCCCCAGGAGCAACGUUCCGCAGCGUGUAUCGAAUUUUUUCGGAGGCGCUCGACCCCCGCCUCGCUUUCGGCCUCCCCCACCCGGUGUCCUUCCUUCGGGUUGGUUUGAAGCCACGGCUGCCAAUGGCUCUUCCUACUAUUACAAUCAAGCCGGAACCACCACAUGGCAACGUCCAACGGCACCUGCGACCGCUGCACCUCCUCCGCCCCCUCCCAAGGCAGUAUCCGACCAGCAGAUGCUCCAAGAUCUCAUCAAAAACAUUGUUGCGACUAGRAAGGAGCCAGCAAAACAGCCAGCUGCAGCGGCAACACCGGUCGAGGCGCCUAAGAAGGAGCGCAAAGAGGACAAAUGGCGCACGAUGCCUGAGGACAAGCGCAAGAAGGUGUACGAAAGCACUCUCCAGCCCCACAUCAUGCACGUGGUUGGCAAAUACAAGCACAAGCUUGCCAAGGACGAUCUCAAGCGAUGGGCAAAGGAAUUCGCGAAGCAGAUGGUGGAAUCGGAUUUCAGAAAGAAUCGUGUUGAGGACCCUAACAGGAUCAGCGAUAAGCGAGUCAAAGAUGUCAAAAAGCAUGCUCAGACCUUCUUUGAAAAGGCUGUCAAGAAGAAGGAGACUGCCGAGCUUAAGAAGGCGGAAAGAAGGGCCAAAAAGGAUCAGGGUUCCAGCACUCCGGUUGGCAGUCCUCCUGCGGUUGGCAGUCCUAUGCUGGAUGACGACGAUGAUGACGAUGACGAUGAGCCAGAAGUUGAUGCAACGCCCGAAGGCUCCAUCGGUUCCGCUGCUAAACGCCAGCGGGAGGAGGACCUGGCUAAUCUCGCCGAUACGCUCAUCCUGAAGAAGCAACGCACGGAUCCGACUGACGCUCAACAUCCGCCACCUCCGCCGCCGCCGCCGCCGGCUGACGACGAGUCUAUGGCCAUGGACGAAGCUGCAUCGCCCUCGAACGCGGGCUCUUCGCUCGGUCGUAAUGGCGCAUCACAUGCUCCUGGAGCACAAGACGGCUUUUCGAUCAAAGGAGCUGCUUCCGGAGCGAACAGUCGUCCGGUUUCUCGCAACAGCGAACCCAACCAGAUUGCCACACCGCCAACGACCGGCUCUCCUUAUCGCGACGAGGCUACAAAGACUGCACAGAGUCAAUACUCCGGCAUGAAUCCUGAUAGAAUGAGGCAAUUGGUAGGCGGCGCGGACGAGUAG